GAGACCUCUGGUGAAGCGCCGCGACGUCUACGUCUGCAGUCCCACUUUGCCUUCUUAGCCACUUCCUACCUUCCUUCAGUCCAAGGCACCGGCUUGAGUAAUUAUUCUAAACCGUUGUUCAUUUGUUAAAAACGAGAGCCAUCAUGUCUAUCCAGAAGAUUUUCGCUCGAAUGAUUUUCGACUCCCGUGGCAACCCCACUGUUGAAGUUGAUUUGACUACAGAGAAGGGACUUUUCCGUGCUGCCGUCCCAUCGGGAGCAUCUACCGGCAUUCACGAGGCCCUCGAACUUCGUGAUGAAGUCAAGACCGAAUAUCACGGAAAGGGUGUGAAGAAGGCAGUCGCUCACAUCAACGACAGCAUUGCCCCAGCCUUGUUGAAGGAGAGCCUCCAGGUUACUGAGCAAGAAGCCAUUGAUAACUUCAUGAUCAAACUUGAUGGCACUGAGAACAAAUCCAAGUUUGGUGCUAAUGCUAUUUUGGGAGUCUCAUUAGCUGUUUGCAAAGCUGGUGCUGCCCACAAGGGUGUUCCCCUCUACAGACACAUUGCUGAUUUGGCUGGAACCCCAGAGAUUAUUUUGCCAACUCCAGCUUUCAAUGUUAUCAAUGGUGGUUCUCAUGCAGGCAACAAAUUGGCCAUGCAAGAAUUUAUGAUUUUCCCUACUGGUGCAUCCUCUUUCACUGAAGCCAUGCGCAUGGGUUCGGAAACUUACCAUCACUUGAAAAAAGUCAUCAACGCCCGCUUUGGAUUGGAUGCCACCGCCGUCGGAGAUGAAGGUGGUUUCGCUCCCAAUAUUUUGAACAACAAAGAUGCUCUGGAGCUCAUCAGCACUGCUAUCGAAAAGGCUGGUUACACCGGCAAAAUCGAAAUUGGUAUGGAUGUAGCCGCUUCGGAAUUCCACAAAAAUGGAAAGUACGACUUGGAUUUCAAGAACCCAGCUUCCGACCCAGCCACCUACCUGGAAUCGAGCAAAUUGGCCGAACUCUACCAAGAAUUCAUUAAGGAAUUCCCGAUGGUUUCCAUUGAAGAUCCCUUCGACCAAGACGACUGGGCUGCAUGGACUAGUCUCACCGCCAACACUCCUAUUCAGAUCGUUGGUGACGAUCUCACGGUCACAAACCCCAAGCGUAUCCAGACUGCCGUUGAGCGCAAAGCAUGCAACUGCUUGCUUCUCAAGGUGAACCAAAUUGGAUCCGUGACUGAAUCCAUUCGUGCUCACAAGUUGGCCAAGGAUAACGGAUGGGGCACCAUGGUCUCUCAUCGCUCCGGCGAAACCGAGGAUGCUUUCAUUGCCGAUUUGGUCGUUGGAUUGUCCACUGGCCAGAUUAAAACUGGUGCACCAUGCCGUUCUGAACGUUUAGCCAAGUACAAUCAAAUCUUGCGUAUUGAGGAAGAGUUGGGAGCUGCUGCCAAGUACGCUGGCAAGAACUUCCGCAAACCUCUGUAAAGACAAUGUCGAUGGUCGCUCCUAACUUGCGAGUCAUUCAGUUAGAUUUUUUGUUACGUGUCAGAAUUUCUCGUUUUCCCUACGGCUUGAAGUUUUCUAAUCCUUUAGUCUAUUUCUUUCUUUUAAUCAAAUGUCUACAUAUUUUGUGAACUUGUGAUUCAUGAAAAGCCACACUGAAGAGUAAAAGUAGUCAUGUGUAGGUUUCGUGUUAAAACACUUAAAAUAGCUAUGAUCUGAUUGUGUUGGUUCUGGUAUUAUUUAUGUUGAUGUAUUACAGUACCAUCUUCAUCAAA